CAGAUCCUCUUUAACAUCUCGGGGACUUGUCAGCCUGGGGAGGUGCUGGCGCUGAUGGGGCCAUCCGGCUCAGGGAAGACGACUCUGCUGAGCAUCCUCGGUGGCAGAGCCCCGACCGCCCUGACCAUGAAGGGAUGGCCCAGCUUCAAUGGGGAGAAGCUCACCAAGCGCGCCAAGCGGCAAGUGGGCUUCGUGCUGCAGGACGAUCUGCUGUACGAGACGCUGACAGUGUUCGAGACGCUGUACUAUGCGGCGAUGCUGCGGCUACCCUCCACCAUGACAUCGGCGCAGAAGUGCGAGCGGGUGGAGAAUGUCAUUCUUUCCCUCGGGCUCGACAAGUGCCGCGACACCAUUGUUGGCGGCUUCUUCCGGCGCGGCAUCAGCGGCGGGGAGCGCAAGCGCGUUUCUGUAGGUCACGAACUACUAAUUAAUCCCUCAAUCAUCCUUUUGGACGAGCCCACCUCUGGGCUGGAUUCCACCACAGCCAUGAACCUGGUGACUACUCUGUGCCAGCUGGCAGCUGGGGGCCGUGCAGUGAUCACUACAAUCCACCAGCCGUCCUCUCGCCUCUAUCAGCAGCUCGACAAGCUGCUGCUGCUGUCUGACGGCCACGCCAUGUACUACGCAGGCAACGCUGGGCUGGCAGCGGAGUGGUUCAAAACGCUGGGCUUCACGAUGCCGUACGGAGUCAACAUGGCCGACUUCAUUCUGGACGUGGCAUCCGGCGCAGUCAUAUCGCCCAAGCUGGACCCUGAACAGGCGCAGGCGCACCUCAUCGAGGCUGCAUUGCGGAAAGUCGCUGAUGUGUCGUGCAUGCGUUUGUGCCAGGCGGGCAGCGCAGGCGCGGCCAAGGGCAAGCUGCAGCCGGCGCGGCGGUGGGGAGCCAGCUACUGGACGCAGAUACACAUCCUCUUCGCCCGCGCUGUCAAGACGCGCCGCUUUGAGUCACUCUCGAGCCAGGACUUUGCGCAGUUUGUCAUCGUCGGCGUGCUUUCAGGGCUGUUCUGGUGGCAGCAGGGGCGGGGGGACACGGUGCUGUCGGCGCAGAAUUCCAACGGCCUGCUCUUCUUUGAGAUGCUCUUCCUGGCCUUCCGCUCCAUGUUUGUCGCCCUCUUCACCUUCCCCAGCGAGUUCAAGAUGAUGCUGAAGGAGCGCGCGAGCGGCAUGUAUCGGCUGAGCGCCUUUUAUUUCGCGCGCACGGCGUCCGACCUGCCGAUGGAGCUCACCACCCCCUCCCUCUUCAUCUUCAUCAUCUACUUCAUGGGGGGUCUGCGGCUGACAGCUGGCGCCUUUUUUGGCAACUGGCUGGGGACCAUGCUGGUGACGCUGGUGGCGCAGAGCUUCGGGUUACUCAUCGGCGCAACUGUAAUGGAGGCCAAGACCGCGCAGACCGUAACGGCCGUCAUCAUGCUGACAAUGAUGCUGGUGGGCGGAUUUUAUGUGACAACGAUCCCGGUUUGGAUAGCGUGGCUAAAAUACCUCUCCUUCAUCUACUACGGCUACAACCUGCUCUUGAAGAUUGAAUACAACUGGCUGUGGGAGCUGCUGGUGCUCUUUGGAUGGCUGGUCUUCUUCCGCUUCCUCAUCUAUGUUGCUCUCCGCUUCAAGACUGCCGCACCCCAGGCCAAGUCCAUCUUCUGA